GGGAUCUUUUUCAAAUUCAAUUCCAACAAACCCCAAACAUUAAACCCAAUCCAUAAUCAAUUUCAAAACUAAGAAAAAGGGUUUCUUUUGUGGGUUAUGCGUACUCAAAAGGGUGUGUUUGGGGGUUGUUCUGAAAAACUCCCCACAAACCCUCUCACAAAUUUCGAUCAAUCGUAUCUACAAACAGAGAAAAAGAGUAGAAUUUGAGAAAUUUUUUUGGGUUUUAUUCGAACUUUGAAAGAUGUUGUGUGGAAUGAUGCGCAAGAAAAAGAAAACAGGAACUCCUGUAUAUAUAAAUGUCUAUGAUCUUAUGCCUGUCAAUAGUUUCGUAUAUUGGUUUGGCCUUGGUUUUUUUCACUCUGGUGUUCAAGUUUAUGGGGUCGAGUAUGCGUUUGGUGGUAGCGACAAUUCGAGACCUGGAAUACUCAAAUUGGAACCGAAACAUUUCCAAGGUUUACAAAUAAGGAAAUCUAUUUUAAUUGGAAGAACAGAAAUGGAUGAACAAGAAUGCAGAGAAUUCAUAAAGAAAAUGGCAAAAGAGUAUCCUGGAAAUAGUUACAACAUCAUUUUCAGAAACUGCAAUCAUUUUGCGAAUGAUGCGUCUAAAAGAUUGACCAAAAAGUCAAUCCCAGGGUGGAUCAAUCGACUCGCUCGACUCAAUUUUCUUUAUUCUUGCCUACUUCCGGAUGGUUGGAAUGAAACACCGCCUAGAGCAGUUGUGGCAGCUAAUAAUAACAAGAAGUAGAAGGUGAGUUGGUGGUUGUUUUGGUCUUUUGUGUAUGCGAUAAAAGUCUUCUAAGUGCUAGAAAUUUUGGUAUGUUAAUGGUUUUUAAGUUGUGUUCAAGAGAACUGAAUGUGAGGUGUUAUAAAUGUG